AUGGAGUCCCUUGACCCCAAAGUAAGAGGCCUUCUCCCGGGCGGGUAUGGCCCCUUCUUCUUUUUCGCCCAGCUUAUCCUGAGCGCAACGGGCAUUGACAUCGGACCUUACGAAGCCCAAAUCCUGACCUUCAUCGUGUUCAUCGCUGGUCUCGCCUACGCCUACACGAGAUGCAUCGACUUCGUGAAUACGAAGUUAAUGUGCCAUCUCACGUUGGACGGCUCGGACGUUGGUUACGCCCCGGCCGCAAGAUUCAUCCGGCACAAGUUCGACAAGGCCAAAGGUCGUGACCUAACUGUCAGAUCCGUACGUAUGAAUGAAGACUACGAUGCCAUCCCUAUCAAAGACGGUUUUGCCGACUUGUCCAAGUUUCAAUGGACGAGGCAGUACAUGCCGGGCUGGGGAGUACACUGGUUCACCUAUCGUGGACACUGGGUGAGAUUGUGUCGGAGUCGUCGACAAUUUGAAGUUUCGGGACGGCCAGUCAGGGACGACCCAUGGAAUGAAACCCUUCGGUUUAGCUGCUUUGGAUUCAGCCCCAAACCCCUCAUGGAGAUGCUGGACCAUGCUGCAGACGAGUAUGACUCGUCCAUACUCCAGGGCAUGGUCUCGAUAUUCAGACCAGUGGACAAAUGUGCUUGUUGGGGGCAUCUUGCAACGACACGUGCUCGGGGGAUCGAUACCGUGGCAAUGGACGAAGUGGCCAGGACACGGACCAGAGACGACAUCAACAGGUUUCUCCUCAACAGGGCCUGGUACGCGGAGCGGACCAUACCCUACCGUCGCGGCUACAUGCUGGAGGGUCCGCCAGGCACCGGCAAAUCGAGCCUGGUGCAGGCUUUGGCGGGCUUCUUCGGCCUGAACACCUACCUCAUCCCCUUGCUUUCCAAGAAUCUGACCGAGGACAAUCUGGCGACCUUGUUUUCCAUGUUACCAGCUCGCUGCAUAGUCCUGUUCGAGGAUAUCGACACCGCUGGCAUCGUCGUCCGUACCCUCAACGAUGGCAAGCUCGAGGCCCCCGCUGAGUCCGAUGAAGACGACGAGCAGACCGGCGUUCGCUGCAACAUCUCUCUCGCUGGCCUCCUGAACAUCAUUGAUGGUGUUGGUGCUUCCGAGGGCCGCAUCCUCAUGAUGACGACAAAUGCCAUCGAAAAGCUUGAUGAGGCCCUCGUGCGCCCCGGUCGGAUCGACGUCACGAUCAAAUUCGCCCUCGCGACAGAUGAGGUGGCCAAGGCCUUGUUCUCACGCCUGUACAAGGGCUGCCCGGGAAUGACAGACGAUCUGGCAGCGGCAUUCGCUUGCAAGUUUGGCGGUGGCAAGAACAGCCCUGCCGUGAUCCAGUCCUUUGUCAUGGAGUAUCCAGAUGAGCCUCAAGAGGCGUUCGAACUGGCGGAUCGCUGGAUCGAGGAGCACGUGAGAGUGAAGAAGGAGACGCCGUCACGGGAUGAAAAGCUGACGUACGUGGAGGUCGAGCAGAAGGAGACAACUCAGCUGGAAGAACAGCCGAGCAGAGCGUGA